AAAACCAAUCAUAACACAUAAAAUAAAAAAAUAAAAAAAUAAAUAAAAAAUGGGUUUAAAUGAUAGAAACAAGUGUAUGUUAGUAUUUUGCAUAAUAGGGGCAUGUUUGGUAGCAGGUGGGGUAGGGCUGGGUGUAAACUGGGGUUUGCAGGCAACACAUCCAUUACCACCAGAAAUAGUAGUAAAAUUGUUAAAAGAUAAUGGAUUUAAUAAAGUAAAACUAUUUGAAGCUGAUCAUGCUGCUCUUACUGCUCUUGCUAAUUCUGGGAUUGAAGUUAUGGUUGGUAUUCCUAAUGAUAUGUUAGCUUCUAUUGCUGGUAAUGUUCAAGCUGCUAUCAAUUGGGUUAAUCAAAAUGUUUCUACUUUUGUGUCUAGAACUGGUGUUAACAUAAGAUACGUAGCAGUUGGAAAUGAGCCAUUGCUCAAAAAUUAUGGAGACAAAUUUACCCAUACAGCGUUUCCAGCACUCCAAAACAUUCAAGCAGCCUUAAUCAAAGCUGGAUUAGCCCAAAAAGUUAAAGCAACAAUCCCUUUAAAUGCAGAUGUUUAUCAAUCUGACACUAAUCUUCCUUCAGGAGGAAAUUUCAGGGCAGAUAUUCAUACCCUUAUGAUCAAUAUAGUCAAAUUCCUUAGCAACAAUGCUGCCCCUGUUGUAGUUAACAUAUACCCAUUUCUAAGCCUAAAUAGUGACCCGAAUUUCCCCAUUGAUUUUGCCUUUUUCGAGGGCGCAUCCCACCCGAUUGUUGAUGGAUCCCUUACCUACAACAACGUGUUUGAGGCUAACUACGACACCCUCAUAUCCGCCCUAGAGAAGAACGGCUUCCCUAACUUACCCGUCAUCAUAGGGGAAGUCGGGUGGCCAACUGAUGGUGCACCUAAUGCUAACAUAGAAAAUGCUCGGAAGUUUAACCAAGGUCUCAUCACUAGGAUCCUCCAAGGGAAGGGUACCCCUAAACGGAGGACACCCCCUGAUGUUUACAUCUUUUCGCUCAUAGACGAAGAUGCCAAGAGUGUUGAUCCAGGGAAUUUCGAGAGGCAUUGGGGAAUGUUCUAUUAUGAUGGAAGGAUCAAGUACCAACUAAAAAUGGGUAGUUCUAGAAAUCUUGUUCCUGCAAAAGGGGUAAAAUAUUUGGCUAAAAAAUGGUGUGUAAUGGGUCCACAAGUGAAUCCUAUGGACCCAAGAGUAUCAGAAAGUAUAAGCUAUGCUUGCCAAUUUGCAGAUUGUACAUCUCUCGGGUAUGGCUCUUCUUGUGGCAAUCUAGACGCGAGGAAUAACGCGUCUUAUGUGUUUAACAUGUACUACCAGACUAAAAAUCAGAGUGCAGGUGCCUGUAAUUUCAAUAACAUGGCUAUUACUACUACUACUGAUCCUUCCCCAAACGGGUGUCCUUUCGAGAUUAUGAUCGAUGUUUCUAAGACGUUGAAAGAUAGGAACCUGCGACCUUCUUCCUCAGCCAUGAGGUUGCAAAAGGGGUUGGGUGUUGUCUUGUUUGUGCUGGCAAUGAGCCUCAGUUUUGGUUCUUGAGAUUAUUUGUAUAUGAUCAUGUAUAUAUAUGAUAAUAGGUCAAGGGAUUGUAUAAUUUGUACAUAAUUGAUUGUUCAAAAACCUUUUUUUAUAGUAAUGUAUAUAAUUUGAUUCUUGAAGUCAACACAUUGUUGUAACAUUUAACACAAAUUCUCAAAUGAGAAUAUUUAAGGAAAAAUAUAAGUUAAACUAUAUAAAUUGA